AUGAAAAUUAACCAAGAUCAAGACAUAGGUCUCAAUGUAGUUUAUUUAAUCUAAUAACAUAAGUAUUGCUAUUCCUUAAAUAUAUAGUUUAUCCUAAGUUCGAAAGAAAGUAACUCUUGACUAAUUCCAUCUUUUAAGUGUCAUUGGAAAAGGGUCCAUCGGAAAGGUUUUGCUUGUAAGAAAGAAGGACAAUCAAAAGAUAUAUGCUCUAAAAGUCAUCAAAAAAACCAAGUUGAUCGAAAAUCAUUCUGUGAAGCAAAUUUUUGCAGAAAGAAACAUUCUUGUAGAUAUAAUAGAAUUUAUAUUUAUAGUAAAAUUGCCAACAUCCAUUCAUCAUAAAAUUAGAAUAUGCGUUCUAAAAUGAAACUAAGUUAUACUUUUGCUUACAGUAUUGUCCAGGAGGAGAAUUAUACCAAUUAUUAGUUUAAAAAAAUAAGUUGACAGAAGAACAGUAAAUAUCAUAUUUGAUAUCUAAAGAGCUAAAUUCUAUGCAUCUCAAAUCGUUCUAGCCUUCUAAUACUUACACGAAUAAGAUAUCAUAUAUAGAGAGUACAUUAAACCAUUUAAAUAAGUUUAAAACCAGAGAACGUAUUAAUCGAUUCAGAGGGUUAUAUUAAGCUAACCGAUUUUGGAUUCUCCAAAUAAGGGAUAUAAGGUAAUUUUGGAGCACAUUCGAAAUGUGGAACAGCAGAAUAUUUGGCUCCAGAAUUAUUAGCAGGUAAUCAUGGUAAAGCAGCAGAUUGGUGGACAUUUGGAACAUUAAUUUAUGAAAUGGUUAUGGGUUAACCAGCAUUUUUUGGAGAAACCAAAGAAGAAUUAUUCAAUUAAAUACUUCAUCAUGAAAUAAAUUACAAAAAAAUUGGUGUUUCAUCUUAAUUGAAAGACUUGUUAUCUAAAUUAUUGUAAAAAGACCCAAACAAUAGAAUGAGCUCAGCAAAGGAGGUAAGGAGUCGAAAUAUAUUUAAAUAUAGAUUAAAAAACAUCCUUGGUUUAAGAAUAUGGAUUGGGAUAUGAUGUUAAAAAAGCAAAUGCCUCCUGUAUUUCUACCUAUAUUAAACAGCGAUGAUGAUGUUUAAUACUUUGAUGAUGUAAUUUUGAUUUCUCAUUAUAUUUAGUGUUUCCUCAAGGAACCUGUCAACUCCUAAACAAGUUCAUUAUCCACAGAAGAACAUAUGCAGAGUCCCUUUUAAGGAUUUUCGUAUUCUGCUUCUCCCUAACAAUAGUAAGAAGAAUAAUUGGAAUUUUGA